UCAGGCUACGUCACCGUCUGCACCGGAGAGAGCAGUUUCGCCCGGUUGUCAUUCCUGGAGGAAGAAGAGGGUGUGAUCCUCACUUACCUGUCCGCUGUCUUACCUGGAGUGUUUGCUGUAACUCCGUGUCGGUCGUCGAGUCCCCCCCCCGCCGCCGUAGGACGCUGAACACUGGCUACACUCAAAAGUAAGACGGAGAAGGCGUUAAAGGAUGCUAAGAAGAUCCUGACUCGUGGCCCCAACAUGAGUGUGACAUCAUGGUUUCUGGUCAGCAGCUCUGGCACACGCCACAGGUUGCCACGGGAGAUGAUCUUCGUCGGCCGGGAUGACUGCGAGCUAAUGCUGCAGUCUCGCAGUGUGGACAAACAGCAUGCUGUGAUCAACUACGACACAAACACAGAUGAGCACAUGGUGAAGGACCUGGGGAGUUUGAAUGGGACAUUUGUGAAUGAUCUGAGGAUCCCGGAUCAGACGUACAUCACCCUCAAGCUGUCGGAUGUCAUUCGCUUCGGUUAUGAUGCUCAUGUGUACAUCCUGGAGAGGAGUCAGCACAAGGUCCCAGAGGAAGCUCUUAAACAUGAGAAAUACACCAGCCAGUUGCAGCUCGGUAUAAAAGCCCUGGAGGCCAAGGCGAAGGAAAAACAGCAGUUCCAGAGCUCAGAGAAGAGCAAGGACUCUCUUUCCAAUGUCAAACAUCAGGACAGGGCUGAGCGUAGAGCCCACUCACUGACAGCUGCCACAGAUCCUCCGAUUUCCAAGCCUACUCCUCUGUAUGGCCAACCGUCCUGGUGGGGGGAGGAUGAGGACCCUGCCAACAAAAAACAGAGCAGAGGUGGAAAACUGCCAGAGCAGGAAUCUCCAGAGCCUGCUAAAGAUGUGCCCAGAUACGAGGUCAACGGUUCUCUGUCAGACAGUCAGGCCAAAUCCAUCUUCUCCUAUCGCCGGGAGCCCAGCUACUUCGAGAUCCCAACAAAGGAGUUCCAACAGCGACCUACCAAGAAACUCGAGUCGCAGGUCCAUGAGGUUCCAACAAAGGACACCCCAGAUCCCUCUCAAUGCAUCCCUUCCACUCCCACACCCCCCAUAGUCCAAAGCCAUGCCUCCUUCACCAUUGAAUUUGAUGAUUGCACGCCAGGUAAAAUGAAGAUAAAGGACCAUGUGACCAAGUUUUCUUUCCGCCAGCAGCGCAAGCAUUCUCCAGUAGAAGUUGCUACCACACCUACUGAAGUGUUGUCAGCAGAAAGCAAAGUUGCUGAUUGGCUGGUCCAAAGCAACGCUAGCAUGAUGAGGAGGAAAUCACAAGGUGAAGACUUGUACAGCACAAACAGUGACCCGUCACUUCCGAUGAACACCAAGUCAAACCACCAUGAAGAUGGCUCUCACAGUGAUUCAGGACACCUGUCAAGCAGUGGAAAAGAUCUUCUCCAAUCAGAACCCCAGAUUGCAUCCCAGGGUUCUCCAAAAACCCUGAGAAAUUCCGAACCACAACGCUUUACCUCCCCUGACUCUGAGGAACCUUUGUCCUACUCGCCACCAGAGUCUCAGUCCCUUUCCAGUCUUGACAAGGCUGAGCCCCACCAGGCCUUUGUCAUUGAAUUCUUUGAUGAUAACCCAAGAAAGAAGCGCUCCCAGUCCUUCACCAAUAACACUAGCCCACCAGAGCCCUCCAGCCACAGGCUCCAGCAAGAGAAGGCAAAGAAGAGCACAAGCCCAACUGGGGAGAGAAAAGUUCCACCUCCACCCACCACAACUCCCCCAACCCAACGAUACACAAUCCCUCUCAAGGACCCAGCUCCCACAGUACCCCAGAGAGCUGGCUCUCUACGAAGGGAAAAGACAGAUGAUCGAAUCAGCACAGGCUUUUCUUCCCGCUCCUCCUCCUCUGUGUCUACAAGACCCUUCAGCAGCGUGGGCCGGAGAUCUAAACUCGCCCAGGAAUUUACUGCAGAAUUUCUCAAACAAGCAAAGCAGAACUUAUCUGCUAGCUGGGAUAAAAAUAGUUCUAGUGCCUCAAGAGCAGCUAAAAAAGAGACAGUGACAGUAUCACAGUCUGACCAGAGUACUACUAGCCCCCCUCGAUCUGAUGGAAAUUACCAACCUAAAACUUCCUCCCCUAUCCACCAGCCUGUUCCCCUCAAAGCCACGGUCAUGCCUCUAGCAUCUCAAACUGUGGAGGUCAAGAGUCCUCAUCGUGGAUCAAGAAAUGAGGAGGAGGACAGUCUGAGUGACGCCGGAACCUACACUAUAGAAGCAGAUGUUCCAGAUAAAGAACUGGAGGAGGCAAGAAGCAAGAUUGACCAGGUGUUUGGUGUUGUUGAGAGUCCUGAGCGAACGAACCUGAGUGAAGCAGAAACAUCAUCAGCAUUUAGGCCUGUUAUUGUUCAGGGCAGGGAGGAGCAUAGGCAGAGUAGCUGUGGGGAGGUGAGACCAGCUCCAGAGCAGGGACAGGGUCUGGUAAAGGUUCAGCCGGCAGGUGCUGUGUUGCAGGGGACUCCUAAGUGGAUGUCUUGCUGGGCCAGCUUGGCGGACAGCUACACAGAAUCUGGCCCUUCGUCUGGCCUCUUUGACAUCCCUUCCCAGAUGGAACUGUCAGGAGGGGCACGAGCUACAAUCAUCCACAAGGCCACACUCAGCCGAAACCACGACAUCACAGAUGCCGACGGUUCCAAAGCUCGACGCGUCCUGCCACAGGUACCGCUGGGGGAGAAGAGUGACGUUCCAACUCCCAGCAUUCAUGUUCACUAUGACCCGCAUUCAACGUUCGAUGUAGGAGACAAGAGCUUGGUGGCGCCCGGCUCCCAAGACAGCAUUCACAGGUUAACAGUGCAGGAUGACGUAGAGCCUGACAGUCUGAGUGAUGCCAGCAAAUCAGAUGACGGAUCCAUCAUAGAGCAGAGGAGGAGGCCACUGUCAGACGGAGAAGAAAAGCAAACUGAGGAGAAGCCCAAAGUCCCAGCAAAGUCUACAUCUUUCUACAUCGGGUCGGAAGACGAGGUGUCCAGACCAGAGCGGGGAGGCUCAAAAACCAGCACUCCGAAGGUUGAGAGGAAACAUGUGACCAAAACUUUCUCAACAGCCACUCUGAUUAAACAGAAAGGCAGUCAGGACUUUGGAAAAGUAAAACCUACUGUAUCAACUCCUGCCCUGGGCCAGGGGACACGGAGUCCAGAGUUAAAGGAGGGCUCAGUUUCCCCAUUAAUCAGACAGGAGAGCUUCACCAAGGAGCGGCCCAGCAAUCCACGACUGCCCAACAUCUCGAGCCAGCCUGCACAAAGAGACCUAGUCCCUGAAUUAUUUCAGGGAGCCACCAGUCAGGACACUCAUUCUUACCUCAAAGAGACAGAGAAUGUCCUGGCUGUUCUAGAAGCAAAACUCCAAGCAGGACAAUCAGGGCCCUCUCCGUCUCCUGUUAUGGACUCUCUUUCUGGGGAGUCUGAUGUGGAUACCUCUAGCACAGUCAGCCAGCAAAGCAAUAAAACCAAGCCAAACACAAUGACGAAAAAAACAUCCGUUAGUGGCUUCCAUAGAGAGAGGUCUUCAGCUAGCACAGCUAGUCAGGACUCAAAUCAUCAGUCCACAUCAUCAGAAAAGCACCGUCCUCUGGGAGCAGACAGUAGAAACAAGACUGAGUCUGUCAGGAGGCCGGUUGGACUGAGACGUAGCGUGGGGAAAUGUGGCUCCACAGACCUUAGCGAUGACCCUCAGAGUUUACCUUACUCUGAUCAGGAGUCUAACAACCACCAAACACGCAAGAAGUACACCGUGCCCCUUCAGAGGGAGGACGGCAAGAGCACUAGAGCAUCCCAGGCCCUGAGUCGUGCCAACAGCUUGUCAGCUCCAAGACCUACCAGGGCCUCCAUGCUCCGUCGGGCUCGCCUGGGAGAGGCCUCUGACAACGAGGGCACAGAGACGGACAGACUGUCCCAGGAGACAGGCAACGCCCCACCUAAGCAGCCUCAGGAAGCCAAGAAACUUUCCAGGCUGGAUAUGCUGGCCAUGCCUCGCAAGCGGACAAGCUCAUUCAACACACCCAGUGACACCGAGGCCUCAUCCACCCCGCAGUGGACGGGCAGGAGCACAGGAUUUUCUAACCGCAGCACAGAGUUAGGCGGCAGCUCUUCUCGAAGGGCCUCUGCUUCAGCGCCAAAGCCUGUAGAAAGGCCACAGAAAGCGCCGCUCGGCAAAACCCCAAUCACUCGUGGACGCUCCAGCAGUACCAAAUACGCCAGCAGCACAGCAAGCUCUAGGAGACGACAGAAAGGCUCUGACUAUACCUCUACCUCAGAUGAGGAGUACGACUCAAACCAGAGCACUCCUAAACACAAACGCUCCCAAACUUCCCCAGCUUCUUUUAGCCCCCGUCAUCAGCCUCGAUCACAGCCGGUGGUUGCCAUGCGUCUGACAUCUCGAAACAGAGAUUCUGAAGAGGAGAACCACGAGGGAGAGGCCUUCCAAAAUUGGUCCUCUCACAGUGCUGAGAUUGCACGGUUGAGUCAAGAUCUAGCCAAAGACUUGGCAAUCUUGGCCAGAGAGAUUCAUGAUGUAGCAGGCGAUGGUGAUCCACAAAACCUUGGAAGGGAGGGCAGUGCACCUGUCUCCACGGUGACCGCUCGUGAACAGCUGGUUCAGCAUAUUCCAGAGGCUGGAUUACACUACCAGAGAGUCCCACCAAGUUCUACUCCUACGAGGGCACCCGACCAGAGCCCAAGUGACCUUGAACAUAACUCUAAGCAACAAGCUCGAAGCAGAGAUGAGGUUGUCGUGGAUAAUUUGAUGCUGAAUCCAGUGUCUCAGGUUAUCGUUGCCAUCAGAGAAAACACGGAGCAACUUGCUGACAAAAUUAAGGUACUGUUCCAGGACAGGGUGGAUAUCUGGGAGGAAAUAGAGGCAAGGGUUAAUUCUGAUAAUGAUGCCCCUGUUGUCAAGACUUCCAACAAGGAAAUCACAGCUAUCUUGAGAGAACUGAGGAGAGUUCAGAGACAACUCGAGGUCAUUAACACAGUCAUGGAACCCAGUGGGCAGCCCGAAGCUACCAAACCCUCAGCCACUGCCGUCUCCUCCUCCUCUUCGUCUGGAGUUCGGUCCUCUAGACCUGCUUCCUCACGAGACUGGAGAACAGUUCACUCUGUUACCAAGCGUGGCGGUGGCCCGAGGCCCAGCGAGAGCGUCAGGAGAGCAGCUGUGACCCCAGACGAUCUCAGAGAGGGAUAUUUAGUCUGAGAUCUCACACCAACACACCAGCGCUGAACUUCUGCUAUAACUCCACAAACCCAGGUGCUGGAUGAUUGUGAAAUGAAACAAACGGGGGGAGAAGUGAGACUGCGCAUCCAAAUAUACACACUACUGCACUGUGAGCACUACACACCUACAUGGUUGUCUAAAUAAGCAGUCAAGCUUGCACUAAUCGCCCUUAAAACACGCUGGAGUGGGAGGCCUGCAUGUGAGGUGAUGAUUUAAGGAAGUACUGUAAUAUUUCAGUGAAUCUCGCCUUCACUUCUAAAGGGCUACAAAACUAUACUUGAUUCUAUGUUCUCAUUAUUUGCCAAUGAUAUGACCAGCACAGCUAAUUUUAAAAAGCUCAUUGUAAUUAUUUGGUUUAGCCUGAGCAUAAUCAUCUCAGGGAAAUCUUUAAAUACAUGAAAUAUUUGUGACAAAUCACAUUUUGGAGGUUCAUUGAUAUUUGUUUUGAGAGUAGAGCGACCUGCAGUUAUAGCUUCCAGAUGUUGGUUUACUGUGAACUUGUAUCCUCAGUAACCCCAUUGCAUUUCCUUAUAUAUAGAUUUUUUUCCCAUGUUGUUGUCUUUGUUUGCCACUUUCCUCUUUGUGGACCAGAUUUAUAGAAGACUGUAAAAAGUAUUUAUUAGGGCUCUUUUGUGAGACGCUGUGGUAUUUUGUAACUGACACAAGAUGACUUUGGGAGAGAGUUAGUGGCCUCUGAUUCCAGACCAGUUAUUGUUUUAUUGCACAGUUGCUACAAGCCGAGUUUGUGUGUCCUUGCUCUGGUAACAUUUCUUCCCUCAGUAGAUGGACAUUACCUGUUUUGUCCCUUUAUCCUUCAGGAAUGUGCGAUGUGAAUAGAAGGAGGGGCUCGCUCCACAGUUUAGCCACCUCACAGUCACAUACUCAAGUGGCACGACUUUCCAGUCAUUCCUGGCCCCUUUCUCUCUCUUUUGAAACGUGUGUUUUUUACUGCAUCGUGCACAGUUGGAAGCUUAAAACCUCUGCUUUGGUUGGUUCGUUGUUUUCCAUGCCUGAAUAGCACAAUUAGCUGCGAGGGUUUGGCCAAAGACAAUCAUGAAACAGGAAUAAGCCUCCUUUAUCUGUGUUUGUACUGAGCUCAUCACACCACACCUUACUUCCAUAUGGUUGUUAAUUAUUCUACACACUAAGAGCUUUCAGAGCACUGCGGUAAGAGUUUGACAUUUCCUCGGUCUGUUGAGUCAUAAUUUCGCUUCUGUGGAUUCCUCACAUGACAGGAGAAGUAAUGUAAUUUUAGCUCUUAUGUUGACAUUAGAUUGUUUGAAGCUGUAAAUCUUUCUGAUUUUUAGUUGGUGACAUUCUGUAGAUGAGUGUAAAUGUCUAAAGAUAUCUAUAUGUUCAUAAAUUACCUCUUCAAUCUUGUCUUUUGCACUACGGUAGUACAACAUUGUCCCGACAACCUGAAACGUUGCAAACUGAAAGCUUUUACUCUCCUGUUAAAGAUUGUAAGCAUCUUAUACUGAAGCAGGGAAGACAAGGCGACCCAGUACACCAGCAAGUUUAUUUGUUCUCCUCUUCCCAGUCCAGACUGUACGUGUGAUUGUAACUGGGAAGUAUCUACAAGUGCCACAUAGCUGUGUGGGAUGAUAUUUCAUGCAGCCAAGUUAAAGUGGUUGUUUACAAGCUCAAGCAAAAAUUGAAUGUUUCUUUCUUAACCAGUUGCUGCUAUUCAUCUUCUAUGGCAUAGUGUUUUCCCCUUUGCUUUAUUCCUACAAAGUUCCAGAACGUAAGAGAGCUGAAAUUGAAAUCUUGUGUGUCAAAUUUGUGUCCCUUUUUUGAUAUUCAGUUUCUGUUUCCCCCUCCUUCUCACCCCACAUGAUUUGGUUGUAAUUUGUUAGCUGGUAUUUAUGUUUGGUAUUUGUGUACGUUUAUAGAUGAUGAUUCCAGAUUUUUUUCAAAUAAAUUUCAUGAGCAAA